AUGGCGUUUAUAGGAUGGAUCCUUCUGGUUAUCUUCUGCAUCUUGGACAGUGGGGUGGCAUUUAUUUUGAACAUGUGCAUUUUGGUGUCUGGUGCCCGAAUCAUGAGAAGAGGACAGAAGCUUAACCCUCCUGACCUGAUCCAGCUUGUCAUAGGAGUGGUGAACAUUGCUCUCCAGUGUUUGCUAGUCUAUCAGGGCUUAAUCUCUAUUUUCUUCAUUUCUUUAAUGUUCGUUAGAAAAUUCUAUGCCCCAUUCAUAGUGAGCACCCUGACUCUCAUAUAUUUCACCUACUGGCUCACCGCCUGGCUCUGUAUCUAUUAUUGUGUCACCAUCACUAACUUUAAUCAUCCAGUCUUUGUUUGGUCAAAGAGGAACAUUUCAAUGUAUCUUCCACAUCUUCUUCUCUUGUCAGCAGCCGGCUGUUUCUUCAUUACUCUUCCCACCAUUUGGACCACAAGUGUGACCAUCAGUCUGCUGUCUCAAGUGAAUAGCACCCGUGACACCAUAUUUAUCAGUGGGACAUUCAAUUUUCAGCCCUUUCAGUUACAGACUGCAUCAUUUAUGGGAUGCUGUUUGCCAUUUCUGCUUAUAUUGGUCUCUAUUAUAAUAACAGUCUCUUCACUACUAAGACAUGUACGUAAGAUGAGGCAGAAAGAUUCUGGAUUGUCCCAAGCCAAAGACAAGGCUCACAUAAAAGCUAUAAGAACCAUGUUUCGAUUCCUUUUCAUCUCCAUCAUAUUCUACAUAAAUGAGAUUUUGUUUUUUUCAGUGAGCUCCAACCCUGAAGACCCUCGUACAGCCGUCUGCUGGAUGAUAUUUAUGUCUUUUCCAGCAGCCGAGUCUCUCAUCAUUGUCUUUGCCAACCCCAAGCUAAGGGAGACAUUUGUGGUGAAGUUUCUGCGUUUUGAUAGAAAGUCAUAG